UGUUUUUUUUUUACAUUUUCACAGGUCCAGCUCUCUGUCUCUUUUGGCUAACAAAGCAUGUGGUGGACUCAGGCCAGUUGUCAGCUCCCAUGGUGGUUACAGGAGCACACGGAGCAUCUGUAGCUGUCUCUUGUCAGUAUGAGCUUCAGUUCAAAGACUACACAAAGUACUGGUGCAGAGGAGCAUUCUAUGAGCUGUGUCGCAUCGUGGUGAAAACCCCCAGGGGGGAACACAGUGACAGAAGCUCCAUUGCAGAUGAUAGGGAUGCAGGAGUCUUCACUGUGACUAUGUCUUCUCUCAAAGAAAGCGAUGAGGGUAUGUACUGGUGUGUCAUUGCCAGACAAGGAAAGAACAUCUAUACUGGUGUCAGUCUCCGCGUCUCCCACACAGUGAUAACCACAACCGCCACUCCAUUACUGACACUGGAACAAGAUGAAAUAAGUUGGUGGGCAACUCUGCGUUGGAUCCUCUUUAUUUUAAUGUUGAGUUGUUUGGCAUCAACACACUUGGCUGUGUGGAGGAUAUCUAGGAUUUAAAGUCAUGAGUGAAUUAUAAACUCAUUUAUAUACUGAGGCUACAAAACAAUUCUUCCAGUGAACAUUCUGUCAGUGUGUGGAUUAAACUAAGAAAUUAACUAAGUGAAAAAGUGGCAGUCGGCCUCUUUUUUUCUUGGUAUAUAAAUGAUUAAAACCUGAUUAAUUUUGGUGCCAGAGCAUAAAAUAACUUUGGGCCCAACUUUUGAAUAUCCAAUCAUCUUAAAAGAUUAGCACCUCUGGAGAAAUGAUGCUCUUGGCUUUCAUCUAAUUUAUUUGCAGAUGUUAUGUGGACGGUCACAGAGGUUGACUUUUUACAUUUAACCACAAGUUUCUAGGCAUUUUAUAAAAAUCUGAAAGGAAUUCUGGUAACAAAAUACCUUCACGCAUAAAGACAAAAAAUUUGGACGAAGUUGAAUGGUGAUGAUUUCCUGCUCAAUUUUUCUUUGUUAAUCUUAGAAAGGAUUACAGAGGUAGGUACGAUUUCUUUAGAUAGGAUUAUGGGAUACCUACAGCUGCCAUUGUGUUUUUCUGUUUAUGCAAACUGGGAUUUGUUGUUGCAAUCAGCCCGGCCCUUAAACUGGGACAAAAAUGGGAGGCAUACAGGUGUGAAAACUAAUAAAGUAAUUAAUUUACUACAAAAUAAUCAAAACAAGUCCAACAAAUAGAUGGCAAGAAACUGUAAUGUCAGUAGGGUAGAGAGAGGAUGAGCGAAAGACCACAACCCAGAGGUGUUUGAGGUGAGAAAGUCUUGGCAAGGUCUAGCUGCUGCUCUGGUUUAUAUGCAUAUCCCACAUCCCAUGCCACUGAUUACCCUCCAAGGGCUCUGCAGCCCUGGAGACACAAAGCAAAGCAACAGAAAACCACACCAAGCAAAGGGGCUUUCCCAAAUCAAAGCUUAAUCAUAGUCAAAUUCAACCGAAAAGGUGACAUAUCAAAUCCUUUAAAAGACCACAGAGUGGUGGGGGCGGCCUAUGGCUUACCUUGUAGAGCAUGCGCCCCAUGUAGGCUCAGUCCUUGCCAGCGGCCCAGACUCGAACCCAAUCUGAGGCCCUUUGCUGCAUGUCAUACCCCCUCUCUCUCCCCCAUUUCCUGUCUCUCUUCAGCUGAUGUAAAUAGAGGGAAACCCCUAAUAAAUAUAUCUUCUAUCAGUGUGGAAUAGGCAGUGGUGAUUUGUGAUAUUUGUCAAGUAGAUGUUUUUACCUGCUGGUUGUAGCUGCACGAUGUUGGACACUUCUGUCUGCUGCUUUUAGAGAACAGCAUUUAUUAUCAGUUUUAUUAGCC